AAAAUUUUGAGAAAAACAUAAUUGGGAAAAUUUGUUUGCCAAACACACUCGUUAAACUUUCAAUAAUUCCCAAAAUUUGCUGUGAAAAACUCGUACAAAUUCGUUAAACAUAUUUAUGUAAAUAAAUACAUGUGAAAAUAGCGGAAUACUGAAAAAAAAUUCAAGAAAAUUUGCAAAUCGCAGAUCCAAAAAAAUAUAUAUAGAAAUCACAUAUAUAAAUCAACAACAAUUGCAACGAAGAAAAAAAAGUAGAAAGUGGUGAACGGUGAAUGCUGCUGCUAAACGCUCUUGAAUGCGAAGUGGAAAUAUACAAACAUACACAUGGACAUACAUAUGUACAAAUAUUGAGCAGCGAAUGCGUAUGAAAGUGUCGAAAAAUCGAUGAGUAAUACAAGUACCGGAAACAGAAGAUAUCAAACUUAUAUAAAACAAAUAAAUUACGCUAAAAAUAUAAAAAAUAAAACCAACAACAACAAAAAAGAAAAAACAAAGACACAAUGACACGCCUCACCGAGGAAAUGGUCAUUGCCCGCUCCAAGCAAUCCGAUUUGGGGUCCAUCAAAAAGCUCAAUUGCUGGGGAAGUGAUCUCAGCGAUGUCUCCAUAAUUAAAAGAAUGCGUGGUGUGGAAGUUUUGGCGUUAAGUGUCAACAAAAUAACCACAUUACAACCAUUCGAAGACUGCCUAAAACUUCAGGAACUGUAUUUGCGUAAAAACAAUAUACAAGACAUAAAUGAGAUUGCAUAUCUGCAAAACUUGCCAGUACUCAAGUAUUUGUGGUUGGAGGAGAAUCCAUGCUGUGAUCGAGUUGGUCCCAGUUAUCGCCAAACAGUGCUACGUGCCUUGCCGAAUCUCAAGAAAUUGGAUAAUGUUGAGGUGACGCAAGAGGAGCUCGACGAGGCGCUACGUGCUGGUGGCGGUGGUAGUGGCAGCGGCAGCGGCGGUACGCGCGAGGAGGACGAUGUAUAUGAGGAUAGUUAUGCGCAGCAACAGCCGCCAUCACGUUACGAACAACCAUCGCCGCCACAACAGCAACCGCAACAACAACAAUCACAACAAAAUCACUACCCGCCACAACAUAGACAACAGCAACAGCAUCAGCAGCCAUCACCGCAACAGUAUCAGCAGCAGCAGCAGCAGCAGCGACGCAGUUCGAGUCCAAUGAAAGAGCUCUCACAACAGAAUAGUCCAGCAAACACAGAAGAAAGCGCCAGUGAGCCGAGUAAAAGCAACGAGGUCUCAAAGCCGGCCUCACCCGCACAGGAGCCAGUUGCGCAUACACCUUCACCGAAAUAUAAUUCAUACACCAACGUGAAUCGAUUACCUUAUCAUCAAUAUGAUCGCUCACCGGGCUCGGAUCAGGAUAGUCCGCAUGUUGGGUAUCGAGAGCGUGCGCCUAUCCCACCCAGUAUAUCGACGCAAUCGAUGAAGGAAUACUAUCAGUCUGACCGUCCGUCCUAUCCUGCCCAUUAUCGCCACAGUCAAACCGAUUUGACCGAAUGGGAAGAACACCAACAGAACAAUCAAUUUGGCAGUACUGCAGCGUUGCAUCACGCGGGUGGUCCACGUCGUGGUGGGGAAGUUAGCGACCGUUAUGCAUAUAGAAAUGGUAGUGCGCGUGAAAAUGGUGGCGAUUGGGAGGAAACAGAACGACCGCGUCCCAGACGACCCGAUGGACGUUAUAGCGACUCGGCGAGCACCGUUUCAACAGCUGUACUUAAUCAUUAUUCGGGUUAUCAUAGAAGGCCCAUAAAUCGGAGUUCAAAUUUACUCUCCGCCACUCUAUGCCUGGUGAAAGAGCUGGACUAUCCCAGCUUGGAGGUGGUGGAGCAUGCAGUGCGUUGUCGCAUCGAUGAGUUAUCAGCAGAUUGAUGAUGAAUGCGCCGCAUGCCAUCCUAUUGAGGGUUGCGGCGGCAACAAUGAAGCGCACUGCGACUGCGGCGCGAACAAAGAUGAAAAGGCGAACAACAACAAAAGCAAAUAACGCAGAAAAUACUAACACUAAAGAACUGAAAAAAAAACAAUAGUUUGGAUGGUUGAAUAAUAAAGGCAACAAGAAUGUGGUGAUUCACGAGCUGAUGGUGGACACGACUCAAACAAUUAGCUACGAAUAUUAAUUUUAUGUAACGGCAAUUAAUGGCAAUUAAUUAUUGUAAUUAGUAACAAUUUUGGUUUGAAAUUCUUCUCUCUAAUUUUAAACUGUAACAAAAUGAUGAAAUUAAAAAAAUUAAGAAAAUUAUUAA